UGUUGUAAAUUCUUUUGAUCGCUGCCUGAUUCCAUAUAUUAUGACACCAACUUUUGCCGUCACUUUUUGCUCAUUCAUUGCAUUCUCUCUCUGUAAACGCAAAAAGCUUUCUUUCCUUCUUCUUGUUCUUUCCAACUCUUAUGCUUCUCUUCUAGGCGUCAUUGUUUUGAGCGAUUUCUGGUGUCGCACAUUGUUUUGAGUGAUUUCUGGUGUUGGUGCGACGAUAUUUAACUUUUAGCAUUACCUGCAACUUGCAAAGAGGCGAUAAGAAAAUGCAGUUAUAUCAUCAUCCAUUUGAUUUGGACAGCCAGAAGGUGAGACUUGCAUUGGAAGAGAGAGGCAUUGAUUAUACAUCUUACCAUGUCAAUCCUGUAACCGGCAAGAAUUUGGAUUCCUCAUUCUUCAAGAUGAAUCCCAGUGGAAGGCUACCUGUUUUCCAAAACGGCUCUCACAUCAUAUACAAGACUAUUGAUAUAAUCCAGUACAUUGAAAGAAUUGCUGAAGUAUCCUCAGGGUUUGAGAAUAUCAGUACCAGCAGCACAGAAGUGAUUGAAUGGAUGCAGAAGAUACAAGAGUGGGAUCCAAAGUAUUUUUCCCUUUCCUAUAUUCCGGAGAAAAAUCGGAUUUAUGUUUCCAAGUUCAUUAGGCGGGUGGUGAUAGCUCGAAUGUCUGAGUGUCCUGAAUUAGCAGGUGCAUACCAUAAGAAGUUAAGAGAGGUCUAUCAGACUGAAGAAAAAUUGCAAGACCCAGAUGUUUUGAGAAGGAGCAAGGAACAUUUGGUUAGAUUGCUCGAUGAAGCAGAGAGGCAACUAAAUGAAACCCCUUAUUUAGUAGGUCAGGAGUUUAGCAUGGCUGAUGUGAUGCUCAUUCCGGUGUUGGCUCGUUUAGUUCUCUUGGGUUUAGAGAAUGAGUAUAUAACUUGCAGGCCAAACAUUGUUGAGUAUUGGGUUAUGGUUCAGCAGAGACCUAGUUAUAGAAAGGUGAUUGGUAGGUAUUUUGAUGGUUGGAGAAAGCACAAAACAUUGUUCAAAACUUGGUGCUUUGUUUGUGUUAGAAGUUUUCUGAAGAGGUUCUAGUGAAGUAAAUAUAUAUAACUCAUGGCUGCCAAAAGGAGGUUUAAUAACUGAACAUAUGAAAGUUUUUUGUGUGUUCUAGAUAAGGAGGAUUUAUAUUAGACCUUUUUUUUGUUUUUAUUUUCGUCUUCUGUUUUCACUUUUUUUUUUACUUGAUAGAGAAGAGGGAUUUUUUUUCUUUCUCCCUUACUGAAUGAUGAUGUUUGCAUGUUUGGAAGUGUUUUUACAAUUGAUUCUAAAGUCAAAAUCAAUUCUGGGAGUAGCUUGAGAGUGUCGAAAUUGAUUAUGAGGAAAUAGAAAUUGAUCCACAUAUACUAUGACCUUGGAUUUGUUCCAGGAUGAGAUGUGAGGGAAAUUCAGGAAUGCAUGUGGUCACUGGUCAGUCUUCAAAGCAUCUUUUGACUGUACUAAUUUAAGUUUACUCUUGCUAUCUUCCUUCAUUGUCCAAAGAAGAGACAAAUUUUUGUUUCUUCAAUCAAUCACCAGGUUCUUCACAAUGUUGUAUACUGAUAUUGGAACAACGCCUUCCUGGGGUGAUUGAGCUUGUUAUGUGUACACUAAUUUUUGUAUUUUGUAAAUGUAAUCACAACAAUAAAGUGCUUAUAUGAAACACAAGAUUCAUGUCUUCAUA